UUCUUUAUAUUUUCCCCUCUUUCCUUUCUCUCGAAUUCCCUCCUCUCUCUUUCUCUCUCUCUCUCUGUGACUCUCUCUCCCUCCUCAGUUCUCACUCUCACUGUCCCAACGGAACCCAAAGCUCCAACAACCCCCUCACUACUCUCUCUCUCUCUCUCUCUCUCUCUCUCUCUCUCAUUGUGUCUGUGUGUGUCUCAAUAGUCAGUGGAAUUAAUGCAGUAACAUGAGCAGGAGAGUGGGGAGCAUUGAAUUUAACUACCACCGGUUAUGAAUCCCACCACCGAACAACCACCACCGCCACCGCAACCAUUGCAACCCCACCGCUCAUCCUUCAGCUGUGACCGCCACCCCACCGAGCAGUUCACCGGCUUCUGCCCCUCAUGCCUCUGCGAACGCCUCACCUCACUAGAUCCCUCCUCCUCCGCCACCGCCUCCUCCUCCUCCCGCCGUCCCUCCAACGCCUCCCUCGCCGCCACUUCCUCCACCGCCGCCAACGCCCUUAAAGCCAUCUUCCGCCUCCCCACCUCCUCCGCCGACCUCAACAACAACAAAAGCAACGUCAAAAGUACGAAUAACAAGAACAAGAACGCAGCGGCAGCGUCUGCUUCUAAUACUUCUCUGUUUCCCGAGCUGCGCAGGACGCAGUCGUUUUCAGCGUCGAAGAACGAGGGUUUCUCCGGGGUGUUCGAGCCCCAGCGGCACUCCUGCGACGUCAGGGGCCGGAACACGCUCUGGUCCCUAUUCAACCUCGACGACGAGAGGAAGAACGGCGACCACCGCCCGGUCGAGGUCGAGGCCCGGAACUCCGUCUCCUCCGCCGUCGCCGCUCCCGUCCUCGAGUCCAAAGAAGAAGAUGAAGAAGAAGAGGAAGAAGAAGAAGAAGAACAGUUCAUCGACGUCGAUUCCGACAAUGAGGACGAAAUCAGGGUAUCUCAUGUUUCCAACCACGACGAAAUCAGGGUUUCCAGUUGUUCCAACCACGAUGGAAUUAGGAUCUCCAACUAUUCCAACCACGAUGGAGUUAGGGUUUCCAAUUGUUCCAACCACGACGGGAUUAGGAUCUCCAAUUAUUCCAACCACGAUGGACUUAGGGUUUCCACUAGUUCCAACCACGAUGGGGUUAGGAUUUCCAAUUUUUCCAACCACGAUGGAACUAGGAUCUCCAAUUAUUCCAACCACGAUGAGAUUAGGGUUCCAAGAGAGGCAAAUGCUGUUGAAGAAAUGGGAGUUGGGGAAGGAGAAAUCGUCGAGGAGGAGAAUUUUAAUGAAGAAAUAAAGACUAUGAAGGAUCACAUAGAUCUGGAUUCACAGGCGAAGAAGAAAAUGGGAGGGAAUUUCACGCUGUGGUCGGCGGCAUCGGUGUUCAGUAAGAAAUGGCACAACUGGAGGCAGAAGCAGAAGAAGAUGAAGCAGCGGAAGAACAACGACGCCGCAUUGCCGGUGGACAAGCCGAUCUCGCGGCAGUUCCGGGAGACCCAGUCGGAGGUGGCGGACUACGGGUUCGGCCGGCGGUCGUGCGACACCGAUCCUCGGUUCUCGCUCGACGCCGGCCGGAUCUCGUUCGACGAUCCUAGGUACUCGUUUGACGAGCCUAGGGCUUCUUGGGAUGGGUACUUGAUCGGCGGGAGCCGGGGGAAUUUCUCCCGGCUCCCGCCGAUACUCUCGGUGGUGGAGGAUUCUCCUGUGGUUCAUGUUGCUAGGUCUGAUGCUCACAUUCCGGUUGAACAGCCCAGGAAUAGUAAUUGUGGAAAUGGGGAUGUAGUUGUUCCUGGUGGGACGGAGCAAACAAGGGAGUACUAUUCGGACUCGUCGUCGCGGCGGAGGAAGAGUUUAGACCGGUCUAGUUCUAUAAGGAAGACAGCGGCGGCAGUGGUGGCCGAAAUCGACGAAUUGAAGGGUGUUUCGAAUGCUAAAGUGACGCCCGCGACCGUUGAUUUGGUGGGUGAGAGAGAGUUGAGGCAUUUGAAUUCGAUUUCGUUGAGAGACGACUGUUCGGAGACGUUUGAAUUGGGUUUUGGGGAUAAUGGUUCGGUAGUCGGAAAUGGUGGGAAUGGAGAAGGAAAGGGGUUGAAGAAGUCUCGCCGGUGGAGGGCGUGGAACAUAUGGGGGUUUAUACACAGGCGAAAUGGAGGCACUAAAGAUGAAGAUGAUGAGAGGUAUAAAUACAAUGGUAGGGGAAAUGGGGUGGAGAGAUCAUUCUCAGAGUCUUGGCAAGAGCUGAGGAGGGGGGAAAGCAAUGGUGAAGUGAAAAUUGGGGGUUUUAAUAGAAGGGUAUUUCGAAGUAAUAGCAGUGUGAGCUCGAGGAAUUCGUAUUUCAUGGGGGGAUCAUUUGGAAAUGUGAGAAAACCUAGUGUUGAGACGAAUGGAAACGGGAAAAAGAGGCGAGAGGACUUUGGUUUGGAAAGGAAUCGGAGCGCUAGGUAUUCGCCAAACCAUGUCGAUAAUGGGCUUUUGAGGUUUUACUUGACACCGAUGAGGAGCAGCAGUCGAAGAGGGGGGUUGGGGAAGAGUAAAUCGAAUAAUACACAUUCAAUCACGAGGACUUUGAUGCGAAUGUAUUGAUAAAACCCAAGGUCCAGAUGUGUUUCUUUGGUUUAGUUUUUUAGUUUGCUGCAUUUGUUGUGUAAGCACACUUGCCUAUCUAUGUAUUAUUGGUGGUUGGUUUAGAUAUAAGAGGUUACCUUGCAUUUUGAAUA